UUCACCCGUUUCGGUUCGCUCGCCUUCCGGUGGUGGUUCCCCGUUCAGCUACCGAGCAAAAUAGGCUUGCUAUUUCCUCUUUCUCACCGACUUCUACCAGUUCCGGUCGUCGUCGUUGGCUGAGAGAAUGAUGAAUUCCUAAAUAAUGGAAUGGGGGAAAAGUUUCCCACCACCUUCCAACUGCUGGUACAAGUUACCGCACAGCAUCACUCUGAUUGUCACCGGUUUUUUGGUUGCAGGAGGAGAAAAAGUGUGAUGGUAGAAUGUGAUUAAAGCUUCUGCUGACUGUGAAAGUAGGUCUAUGCGGCAGUAGUGUCUCACGGGUUCGGUGCUGGAACAAUCAAUUUUCGGAAACUUGACAAUCUGUUGUUGGCUGCGCUGUGUUUCUAAGUUUAUUCAGCAAACGCUGUGGAUGCUGUUUAUCUCCGGUUUGUUGAGCAGAGCGGGACUACAGUUACAGUUUGGUGGUGGUGGGUGCUUUUGUGUUACGAACGUUGUUUCUUUUGCUUACUCUCGGUGCUUUUAUCGAUGAUGUUCGAGACCAAAACAGAAUUGAUGAAUGGAGAAAAGUGAGUUCUUUCAUCGGAAGGAGAUCCCCGGCUCCCCCGGAAAAUAUUGAUUGCAACAAAGAGAUUCUCGUUCUGUACCGUGCAUAUCAAAACAAGGUGAAACGGUGAACAGUGUACUAUAGUGGUUACAUAUUUUAUUUGGCAGGAUUCCCUAUCGAGACAAACGGAUGUGUCGUUUCGGUGUUUGUGAAAUGAAUACCGGUAGUAAAUCAGAGUCGUUUGGAUUUGGGAAAUGUGCUUUAUUUUUGUUUGUCUAGAAUCAUGUACAUACAGUAAGACAUCGUAAACAAAGAGGAGAUUUAUGAUCGUCUCGUCCGUUCAAUGAUAACAUUGCAGAGCAUACUGCGAUCUAUUCAUCGGUGCUGGUUGGAGCCGUGUUGGAUCCGUGUUCUCUCUAAUCCGGAUAGAUGGAUGUUGUUAAAGUACGCAAUCAAAUUUAAAGCCCAUCCAUAAACCAGUGCAGCAUCAGGUGAAACUCCGACGAAGCCAGCAGGCGGCAAAGGUUAACCGGUACUCACGUAUAUAUUUUUAAUAGUACCAACACCUCCUACAAUCAACACAGCGGCCACGGUGGGUGAAGAGAAAUGACGGUCGUAAUGAACUCAUAAAUAACGGAAGGCUAAUAAGCGGAGGUGGGUUCGGAUUCGGAGCGAAAGAAAAAUAGAAGAAGAAAGUUUUUGUUGUGCUUUGGAAAAGUUUCUGCCCAACCAGCGAACGAACCGGUGAGGGUAAGGUAUUGAACUCCAACCGAGCGUGGGAGAAACGGUACAUGCAGCGUCGCAAUUCGGUGGCAGAGUUAGGAAGUGUGAAAUAGCAGUGUGGUGAGACAAGUAGUGUGAUUAUUUAUGUGACAGGUGUUAGACAUAGAUAAAAAGUUGGAAUUGACGAGGUAUGAUUCGCGAAGCUUGACUCAUUAAUUUGUGGAAAACCUGGUGCACCGUACGUGUCGGAUACAUACACUCUACUCGACUAUGUGCACUGACUGACUCUCGGAAGGGCGUACAAAAGAAGUGAUAGUUUGUCACACAAUACUUUAGGUAUCUUCAUUCGCCCACAAUUUGCACAAGACAAAUAUCGCCCGAUCGAACCACGGAUAGGAACAAAUCUAGUUUAGUGUUUGGGGUGUAAUGCAUCUUUCCUGGUGCACACACCGUCACCAUCUUUUCAAGAAGGAGUGGAACUGAACGAAGCCAAACGUUUCGGAUCCUGUUUUGUUGCUGGCGGUGAACGAGAACUCCAACCCAGCCGACUGAUGCCUCCACCGGCAAUCGACCGAUGAACGUUCCCCGCAUUGCCCCCCACUGGACAGUAUGGUUCGUAUGGCAGGAUCUAAACUGCUAGCAAGACUGCUGCUGUUGAUCUCUUCGGUCACGCUAAUCUCGCUGCUUGCGUUAACCCGUUGCGGUCUAGGCGGCCUAAUCGCCACGGAAAACGGUCUGAUUGGUGGUGUGAACGUGGCGCCAGGCAGCGCGUCAGCAGCCGCAGCUGAAGAUGAAGAUUUUGGCGGUAGUUCUGGCAACAAGGAGUCCGCCGCUGCGUUGUCGAGUCGAAACGAGCAGGAUGAACAACAGAAUGGUUAUCUGCAGAUGCUGCAGCAACGAGAGGAGGAAAACCUCAAGGAGGUGGCAAAGCUAACGGCGGAGAUCAAAGCACUUAAGCUACAGAUCCUAGAGUUGAAAAACGGAGUGCAAGCCGCGGCCGCGGCUGCUGCUCAGCAGGUUCCAUCGGGGGAGCUGAUAAACGCAAGUAAUGCAGCGUUGAAUUCUCCACAAACGCCAACCCUCCACGAUUGCUCGGCCUUUAUUCGACGGCAAGUCGGAUCGGCCGAGAUUCUUCACGGUCUUCCGUUGAACAACGAAUACGAACUGAUUCCGUUCAAUCAUUUCACCUUCAGCCGAGUCUAUCCCAUCGAAUUGGGUCUCGGAAAGCGAGUUGUCGAGAAACCUAUCGGUUACAAGCGUCGCGAUAUUCUAAGUGCGUUAAAUAAAGCGAUCGAGACGCUGAACCGUAACAUUACCGUAAACAUGCUGAAGUACACGCUGGAUGACUUCACGGAGGGAAUCUAUCGGAACGAUCCUACAACCGGAACGCAGUACGAACUGUACUUCCGCACCAAAGUUGGAAGUAGGAUGACUUCCGCUAGCGGUCAGCAUCACGAUCACGGUAACCACGGGACGACCAAGCUGAUCGUGAUGCGUCCAUUCGCCCCGCUGCAAACCAUCCAAAUGGAGGCAUUCCCCAAGCAGCAGGAGAAAGAACUAAUCCAUAUCAUACUGCCUUUGUCGGGAAGGACCUCCACCUUCCAGAGUUUCAUGGACAAGUACGUGAAGAUUGCCCUGAAGCACGACAAACGAGUCCAUUUGACGGUGGUGUACUUCGGCGAGGAGGGCCUUUCGGAGGCUCGAUCCAUUAUGAGCCGGGUGAUCGGAAUGAAAAAUUCCGGGGGGAAUUCGUCCAACUUGAAGCUGCUGGCGUUGAAUGAGACGUUUUCGAGGGCGAAAGCCCUUCGAGUUGGUGCUGAGAAAGUCUGGAGCAGCAAUGUAAAUAAAGAGAAGGACGUGCUGCUUUUCAUGUGUGAUGUAGAUAUAGUGUUUAGUGCGAAGUUCUUAGAUAGAUGUCGCUGGAACACUAAGCCUAAUAAAAAGGUUUACUACCCGGUGGUGUUUAGCCUGUACAACCCGCACGUGGUUUACACGCUGCAGGGCAAGGAUGUUCCUCCGGAGACGGACCAGCUGCUAAUAUCGAAGGAUUCCGGUUUCUGGCGAGACUUCGGUUACGGCAUGACCUGCCAAUAUCGAUCGGACUUUCUCAAGGUGCGUGGUUUCGACGAAGAAAUUAUCGGUUGGGGCGGUGAGGAUGUGAUGCUGUACCGAAAGUACGUCCGAUCGCACAUCAAGGUGAUCCGGGCCACCGAUCCGGGUAUUUUCCACAUCUGGCAUCCGAAGGUUUGCUCGGGUGUGGCCGCCGGUCAGAAGCUUUCGGUUGAUCAGUAUCGAGCCUGCAUUCGUUCGAGGGCAUUGAACGAGGCUUCGCAUGCCCAGCUAGGGUUUUUGGCCUUCCGGGACGAUAUUGUGGCGAACGAGGGCAAGAUGCUGGGGAUUAUGAAACGUGGCAAUUUUAGUGUAACUUUACACAAGACUGGCAGAAGUGGUAAGGCGGAUGGGGAAGACGGGAAAAAAGUUACUACGACAGAUACUAGCAAGAAGAGUACAUGAUCUUUUAUGAUACACCAUCAGGAAAGUAUUUGGAGAAUAGAGUUUUAGGUUAGAAUGUGGUUGGAGCAGUAAAUAAUCGUGGUUGGCAUUCCUGGCGGGUGUACAUAAUCCAAUUAGAAUCAAGUAGGCCGUGUCGGUUAUUCCGACGUGAAACAACGCAGAAGUUGAGGUUAGAUUUUGUAAAAUAAUAAAAUAUUUGUAAAUAACACUGAAUUUACCUAGCAAAACGAAUUUCCCUUUACUAGCCUUGAAAAUUAAGACAUUGAAAUUGGUAGGUCAAACGUUAUAAACGAAAUCAACUAAUUACACCUCCGGAACGAAGUACGGCUCGGUAGCGAAACCAUCAAUCGCUGGACGCCAGUUACCGAGCCGAAGGUGGGUUAUUAAACUAAAAAACAUUUUUCUAUAAUAAUCAGCGUACCGGUUGACACUUGCUUCCCUCGCGCCGUGAUAUGCGCGAGGCCAUCAUCGAGUGAUCUUCCAGCAUCGAGCGCCGCUCUCUGUUUGGCUGACCCUCUGUCUCUUUCUCUCACACACACUCUUUUGGAAACAAUCGUAAAUGGAGCGGUAAAAAGUUGUUAAAUCGUGCAGUUGACCGUAAUUCAGGUGGAUAAUGUAUCUACGUUGAAUUUUGUUUUUUUUUGUUACGAAAUGCGGGCUUAUUUUUAAGUAAUCUGAACCGCCAUUGGUUCCAUUGCCAAAAAAGAACGAUCGUUUGUUAGUCAAUAUUUUUAUUAAACAAGAAGGAAUAGAGUUUAUGUUUUAAACAUGAAAGUUGUAUAUAAGUAGGGAAACUUGGAAUCAUACAGAAAAAAAACGAUUAGUAGAAGUCAAAUAAAAAUUUUCCAA